AUUUUAAAUGCAGCAAAAACGCUGCAUAACAUUGUGCAUAUAUACAAGUGACAAAUGUUCUUCUUCUGCCUGGAAACCGCCGGGAAAAUACAUAGAAAUAGCCUGUCAAAACAAAAUUGAAACUAUCGAUACUAUCGAUAGUGCCAUCGAUAGUUUGACAACUCUAGUACGUUUAACUAUUUGUGCAACAAUACAAUCUUCUGACGAAGUGAAAGUUUAUGGAUAGAGCUGCAAAAUGACAGACAAUUCAUUUGUUGCAGAAACAUCAAAUGAUAGGAGCAAAUCUUCGAACGAUUUAAACAGAUAUACUGAUGCAGGUUGUGUGGAUAAUGAAUAUUGGACUCGUUUUUCGCAGUGGAUCCACUGCAUGUGUGUGGUAACAUUUGAUUUGAACAUUGGACAAGCUCUUGAAUACGUUUAUCCACCACAAUUUAUGCCCACAGAAACUGAAACAGCUAAUAUAUGUUAUAUGGCCUUUCCCGAUUCCAAUUCUGGGUGUAUGGGCGAUACAAAGUUCCACAUGCGUCUUCGAAGAGCUUCCAAACAUAGCCAUGAAUCACAUUUCUGGGGAUUUGUGUACUUUCGGCAGAAACGCGAUCCUAAUCUGCCGCGUGGUUAUUUUCAAAAAAGCUUUAUCAUAGUCACACAUCUUCCAUUUUGUAAUCUUUUUUACGAUAUUGUCGCGCAAUUGGCUCCGAAGUAUUUUGAGGAGGGCAACUCAGUGCUGGAACAAGCAUGUCUUCAAAUAAAUAGCUUGUGGCCCCAGUUACAACCAGGAGUUUCCUUGGAGUUACAAUUGUUUGAUAUCAUAUAUCAAAUAAAUUUACCUACAAUAAGUGGCAAAAGGUCUACCCCUCCUCUGUUAAAAAAAGACGCCAUAAAGGAUACUUCGAUCACUCUGUUUUCAACUAAAUUUUUAAGCUCUGUUUAUGAGUUCGAGCUAUUUCAAAGCUUAAGCUUUACUGUGGAGAGCUUAUAUACUUUAUGGGAAUUAGUGCUGAUUGCUGAACCUAUUAUUGUUGUUGGCACCUCACCCGCUGAUUGUUCACACAUGGUGCAAACUCUUGUAUCACUUAUCGUUCCGAUUGAGUACUGUGCUGAAGUGCGGCCAUAUUUUACUAUACAUGAUAGUGAGUUCAAAGAGUUUACAAGAGAAUAUGGAAAAACGCCUCCUCCGGUAAUUCUAGGCGUAACAAAUCCGUUUUUUCAUAAAGCUAUUCAAAGAUUGGCCCCACAUGCUGCGUCUGGUCGAUAACCAGGUAAAUAUUUCACUUUCCUUAUGUGCAUAUGUAUCAGAGGUGG